GGCGGUCACGUGCCGCUGUUUGGCGCUUUUGUGCGCGCCCCGGUCUGUUGGUGCUCGGAGUGUGGCCGGGCGGCUCGGACCGAGCAGGGUUUUCUCCACGGUGUGGAUUGUCUAGAGUACACUGCCAGUCUCUUGUCUUCUAUUCACCAUGGCUUCUUCUGAUAUCCAGGUGAAAGAACUAGAGAAGCGUGCCUCAGGGCAGGCAUUUGAGCUGAUACUUAGUCCUCGUUCAAAAGAAGCAGUCCCAGAAUUCCCCCUUUCCCCUCCAAAGAAGAAAGAUCUUUCCCUGGAAGAAAUUCAGAAGAAACUAGAAGCUGCAGAAGAAAGACGCAAGUCUCAUGAAGCUGAAGUCUUGAAGCAGCUAGCUGAAAAGCGGGAGCAUGAGAAGGAGGUGCUUCAGAAAGCAAUUGAAGAAAACAACAACUUCAGUAAAAUGGCGGAAGAAAAACUGACCCACAAAAUGGAAGCUAACAAAGAGAACCGGGAGGCACAAAUGGCUGCUAAGCUGGAGCGCUUGAGGGAGAAGGAUAAGCACAUGGAGGAGGUGCGGAAGAACAGAGAGUCCAAAGACCCUGCUGAUGAAAAUGGAGCUGACUAGCUGGCUGAGAGCUGGCUCCUCCCCCUCCCGAGCAUCCAAAGACUGAACUGGCCAGUGUCGCUUUUAUUUUAUUCCUCCUGACAAAUAUUCUAGAAACUGAUGUAGAGCUGCAUAGGUAGAUCUGAACCGUACACAUGUUGUUUGGGGGGCAGAGGGGGAGAAACUGCAAGUGUUUUGCUCUUUUCUAAAGUGUUGAAGUCUUUCUAACGUAGCUAUUUUUCUUGUUGCAUCUUUUCUAUUCCAGUAUGCUCGGUGCUGGGUUAAUGGCUAGUACUGUAUUGGCUCUGUGAAAACAUGUUUGUGAAAGGAAUCUGUAGUAUGCUUCUUUCCAACUGUUAGAUGCUGAAUAUAUCUGUCUGUUCACUUUUGAAACCCGACCUUUGUCCCGGUCUUUCCAGAUACUACUGUACUUGAAUGGUUAAUAAAACUGCACAGUGCUGUUA